UUUAACAGAUAUGGAAAAUCUAGUAGCAAAUUGCUUUGAAAACUCUGAAGAAAAUGGCCAUGUACGCUUCUCUGGAACUUUAAAAGUUGAUUAUGAUUUUAUUAACAAUACAUCAAGUAAAAAUCAAGAAUGUAAAAAUCAAGAAAGUGAAAAUCAAGAAUGUAAAAAUCAAGAAAGUGAAAAUCAAGAAUGUAAAAAUCAAGAAA